AUGCCGGGCUGUCCGCAUCUCGGUCCAGCGUCGGUGUAUCUCAUGUGCAUCUUCGGGCAGCUCUUCCAUGAGGCGUUUGCCCUGAAACUUCCGAAGAACACCCUGGAACUUCCAGACCACACAGCAGUGGAGCGGGAAAUUGUGGAAGGAGACCAACGCGGCGCCAACACCGCCCUGCUUGCUGCUGCAGAGGGAGGGAAACGUCACUUGGAGAUGGUCUGGGCACUCCUGGCCCUGGACUACGAUCCUGAGGAUCUCCAGAAGUGGUUGUCGACGGCUUCGCCCCUCCCUCCAAGUCACUUCUCCAACCUCUCCGUUGAAGGCUAUGAUCGGAGUCUGGGCGAGGACGUCAGGAACUUGCUGGAAACGCUCCGCGCCAACCGGCCCGACGGCCCCGAGGCCGUGAAGGCGCUGAUCCGGAAGGUGGCCACUUUGGGCGGAGCGGGUCGCGUGUCGAAGGCCUUGCAGGCCUUGCAGGCCUUGGGCUACAGCCCCCAGGAGCUGCAGAGCUGGAUCGAGCGAAGAACACAUGGCCAGGCUCUGGUAGCAAAGGGACCAGCCCGUGCUAUCGAGAACUCUUGGAACGUUUACUUGCUCAUCGAUGGCUUGAAGCAUUCGAGCAGAGCAGAGGUGAAGAAAGUCCUUGCCCACAUCGGCGCAGAAGAGAUGGUACACGUGCUCGGGAUGUUCGCUGCAUUAGGCUACGACUACAACAUGCUUCUGAAGUGGUUGCAGUCGGAGUCGGAGGAGGAGGAGGUGGAAAUUCCCAGCAACUCGGAUUUUGCUCUUCUCUUGAAAGACCUCGAGAAAGAGGCCGAGACCCGGGCCGAAGUCAAGGAAGUCUUCGCACGGAUGCUCAAAACAGGCAACCUUUCAUCUUCCUUUGCCAGGCUGCAAUCCAUGGGCUACGACCUCGAUGCUCUAAAGCGCUGGUAUCAGUCUCGCCUUAAAGCCCCUCCGCAGCCUGUUCAUGAGAGAGAUUCCAGACCUGGCAAACUCGGCGAAGUCUUCAGGAACGACUCCCUGACGCCGAUGCUGAAAGCGCCCAAGGGGCUCUUCCACGAGACCCUGCAGCACCUGCAUUCCUUGGGCUCGGCGAAGCGGCAAGAGAAGGCCUCGAAGGCGAAAAGGGCGGCCGAAGGAGCGGUCGAAGUCGCGACGGCGGAGACGGCGGAGAGGGCCGGGACCGUGGAAGUGCCCUUGAAAUCCUCGCAUUCUGCACAUUCCCCAGUUGACGCUGCAGCAAAAGGCUUCUACGAGCUGCUUGGGCAGGUGCAGAGGGCACACAAGGCGGAGGUCCUUCGGCUGCUUUCCUCCGAAUUCAGAUCAGGUGGCCAGCCACGGGUCCAGCAGGCCUUCGCCUACUUGGAAGCUGCAGGAUAUAACCACAAGGACGUGCAG